AUCGAGGAAAAGCUGGGUUAUGAUAGAAAUAAGUCAAUAUGGAAAUUAUUUUACGCUAAAUUAUAUUCGCGGUGUACUCGAACUGUGUGAAAAUAAUCAAAAUUAAAGUUUAAAGUUUACAGUUCAUACUUCAGAGUUCGAAGUUUAAAGUUUGGCGUUCCAAGGGCGAAGUUCCAAAUUUAGCGUUCAAAACUUCCGACUAGAAGUUCAAGAUUUAAUGUUACAAUUCCAGAUUUCAAAUAUCACAUUUUAAGUUUCAAGUUUCAAAUUGCUAUAUUACAACUAAUUAGACAAUUUGUAGCAAGAGAAAAGCAUGGAUUCCGGCGUGAAGCCCCAUAUCUGUGCCUUAAAAAAUAGUGACAAAUACUACAUGUUUGGUUCAGAUGAGGACAUCACGUGUAAAAAUAUAUGGAUAAACAUGUUCCAAAUCAAUGGGAAAACACCGAGGGCGAAAAUAUUUUUCGACAGUAUGGCGCACGUGUGUGCCGAGAGAAGAAGGCAUGCUUUGAUACAUUGGCGGAUUAUUCAUCCUUGCAGUAGUUGGAGGUUUCUAUGGGACUUGGUAAUGACAGUGGUAUAUAUGGUUAGCUUUCUGACGAUCCCAUUUUCCGUCAGUUUUAUUGUCAUGAGUCAUGAUAGAAUUCGAAUGGAUAAAUUCAAUUUUUUAAUCUACGCUUUCUGCUGGAUGGAUAUAGUAUGCAAUUGCUUCACUGGAUAUUACGACAAGAAACUCAUGCAGGUGGAAUUGGCUCCCUUCAAGAUAUUCAUGAACUAUUUAAAAACAUUUCUUAUAAUGGAUAUCCUUUCUUCAUUGCCAUGGGAUCACAUAACUUUGCCAUGGCGAAGUCUUCCUGGAAGAGAAUCUAAUCAUUUAGUUUCUCUACUCAAUCUCUUACCUUGUUUGAAGCUGUCGCGUUAUGGCUACGUUAAUAUGCGAAUCUCCGAGCUUUUUAGCGUAAUCUCCCAUUUCGAAGUGAUGCACUUUUAUUACGAACUAUUUUCCACCUUCAUGCUGGGAUUUUACAUAAUGUACUGGUCUUCGUGUCUGUAUUACUUGAUACCAGUGUUAGUUUUGCACUUCAGUAACUCUUUACCAGAAAUAAACGUUAUACAGGAAUGUCCUGAAUGUUGGAUGACAGGGUUAGACAGCAGCAGCAUACUUUCCAGGUUUCAAUAUACACUCUUUAUCGUCGUGGAGAAAUUAGCAGCGAGUGGUUACGGUGGUUUCGUGCCAAGAACAAGCGGUCACAUUGUACUGAGCUUUGUUCUUAUACUCAUUGGUAGAGUGCUCGAAUGUUACAUUGCAGUGAUGCUGAUUCAAAUAAAAGCAGGAAAACAAGCAUCGGAAUCGAAAUUUCAAGAAAUAAUAAAUCAGUUAUGCGCUUACACGAGUCAAAAACAAUUACCAAAGCACAUGAAGAUUCGUCUUCUGGCUUAUUACUAUUAUCGUUUUAGGAAUAGUUACUUUCACGAAAAGUCUAUCUUAUCUAAUUUAUCAGAACAAUUACGUCAAGAGAUUGCGCUUCAAUCGAGCCAUCGUUUAGUCCAAAAUGUAGCAAUAUUCAAAGACUUACCCAAAUACGUUUUACGAUCCAUCAUAAAGAAUUUGAAAUUCGAGCUUUAUCUACCGAACGACGUGAUCAUCAAAGCAGGAGCUUAUGGCGAUUGUAUGUUCUUUUUAUCUGCUGGAACUGUCGCUGUACUAACACCCACUGGCAAAGAGAUCUGUCACCUGGACGACGGAGCCCAUUUUGGAGAAGUAGCGCUUCUAGUUGGUGAACAAAGAAGAGUCGCAAGCGUGAUCGCGAUUGAAGUGUGCGAGGUGUACCGUUUGGAUCGCAAAGAUUUUCGAAAGUGCAUCUCCGUGCACACGGAGUUAUUCGCGAAGAUCGAGAGACUCGCGACCGAGAGGAUCGAGAGAGCUAUGAUCAUUGAAGAACACCAUAAACGUCAUCUUAAGCGAAGUUCUGUUCAAGCUGAUAGAAAAACUGUAGGACGUUACUAAAAAGAGAAUAGUUCGAAUAAUACGUAAUAUUAUACUCAAUAAUAAUAAAUGUUAAUAUAGUAAUUAUGUUAAUAAUUCUUGUAAUUAUUAAAUAAACAAUGUGAUAUAAAGAUUUAGAUGCAACAAAAUAUUGUUAGAAAAAUUCACAUACCUAUUAAUUACGAGAAAGAAUAAUCCUCGUCAAGAAGUCGCUGAUAGCAACAAAGUUCCUCGAUAAGAAAAAUAAUCAUGCUAAUCGUUUAAUCAUAUAUUUAAGGAUCUUAUAUAUUAUUAUUGUCCAUACAAUGUUUGUAUAGUGGCAUUCCUUCAUUUCUACCUUUAUUUUAUAUAUAUAAUUAUAUAUAUUUAUAUUAUAUUAAUCGUUACCUACGGUAUAACUUACAAGUACUAAAAUCACUAAAAUCUUUAGCACUGUCGCGAUGUGUGUGAUGAUACAUUAGAAACACGAAUUUGUAUGAUUAAUCUAAUCUUUCUUUCACGUCUUUCAUUUUUCUCUUUUUUGGCGAAUUUUCUCGUUUCCUCGUAUUUUUCUCAUGUAACUUACGCUUAAAUCCUUCGUCGGUGUAUUCGUAGCAACAAUCGUAAAUCGUAGCUGACUCGUUAAGAGUUUUCUUCACUCUCUUUAGUUUAUAUAAGAAUAUUAAAACAAAAUUUUUUGAAAAGACUUCUGUUGAUUCUACGCGAGGUACGUUCCAUUGCAUAUUUUUGUUUAACUUUAUUCUACAGAAAUUAAAUGAAAUGCGUUUCUCAAAACUGUAAAACACGUAGAAAAAGAAGUGAAAUAAAUUUCAAAAUUACUCGUAUAGAAAGAUCCUAUUUUCACUUAUAUUUUCCAAAACGAUUAAAUUCACAAAAUUCAAGUUCUAAAUAACUGACUGAAAUUAUUCAUUACACGAAUCAAUAAUUCUAUUAUAUUAUCUUAAAUCCUUAAUUAUUUGCGUAUACAAUUAUAAUAUAUCAUUGUAACUAUCAUAGCCAUUCUAAACAUCACUAUAUGUUAAUUAUCAUUAUCACACUACCUUUGUGUUACAAAAAGAAAACGCAUUGAUAUUUGGAAAAUUGAUUGGAAAUCGACGAAUCAACCGGUCACGAUCGUUUCUACGAAUUUUACAAAGUUUCCAUAAGGAAUUGUCCAGCGGUCUGUAAGAUAGGUUGAUUAAACGAGUACAGUACGUAAUACAGAGAUAAUUAUAUACAUGUCCAGUGUAUAACGUGUAAGUGAAUAUGUUGCCAUUGUAUAGACUUUAAAAUCACACGGUACAAAUAUAAAUUAUUUACUAUAGAAUAGAGAAAAUCUACCGAAACAACUUGCUUGACGUUAUGUACCUUUUGUUCUUUCCUUGCGUUAUCACUUCUUGUAAUAAACACGAUACAUUCUUUUCUACGCUAUAUUUUCUUUAGUCUUCUUUUUUUUUGUAUUUUUUGCUUGUUACCGAUAUGCAAUCAGUAGGAUAUAUCUAUGUAAACUAGGAGAAUUUAUGCUAUUUAUACAUUUACUAAAUAAUGUCGUGUUGCUACGUUACUACAAUCGUGUCAUGUCUAGUUUGGUCAUAUCUAAAGGAUUACGGAGGAGAAGAGUACUCAAUAUCUUUCCAUUAUUCCUUGUUUCUUUCCUUUCUUGCUACGAUUCCUCCGGGUAAAUGAAGAAAACUAUAAUAAAGGUUUACAUGCUUCAUUUCUUUUAAAGCAAUACUGUGAUUGUCACAAUUUCCAAAUUUUAUCUAGAUUCUACUGUACAUAAAGACCACACAUGAGAAAAAUAUGACAA